GGUCGAGGCCUACUUAUUAGAUCCCCGUCCUCCCUCCGUCGCUCUUCGCAUCGUGAUGGCUGAUGAUCAACAACCUGGACAGCAGUCGGGGUGUGGAAGCGGGUCUUUGCCGUCCCUGGUUCCCACAGGAUUACAAGGGUCUGAAGCGAGCGCGUUGCAGUUUAAAAUAAAGAGCUCUAUCUGCAAAUCCGUACAAUCAAAGGUGGACAGCAUUUUGCAAGAUGUGGAGAAGUUUACAGACAUUGAAAAACUCUACCUCUACCUCAGGUUACCUUCUGGCCCCAGUUGUGGCAGUGACAAAAGUGAGCAGAGCUGUGUGUCCUCGAGCCGCACUCAGCAAAUGCAUGCAUUUGGCUGGAUCCGGAACCAUCUGGAGGAGCAUCCCGAAACCUCGUUACCCAAGCAGGAGGUCUACGAUGAGUACAAGAGCUACUGUGACAAUCUGGGAUACCACGCUCUCAGUGCUGCUGACUUCGGGAAGAUCAUGAAGAACGUCUUUCCCAACAUGAAGGCACGCAGGCUUGGCAUGAGGGGCAAAUCCAAAUAUUGCUAUAGUGGCUUGAGAAAGAAGGCAUUCAUUCAUAUGCCCUCUCUUCCAAACCUGGAUGUACACAAAACCGGUGAUGGGUGUGAAGGGUUUGAAUCUGUCGGGCAGGGCUACAGUGGAGAGGACGAAGUCCGCGUGGCUGCCUGUGGCCUGGUGUGUGAGUGGGCUCAGAAGGUACUGAGUCGACAUUUUGACAGCGUGGAGGACCUGGCUCGCUUUCUCCUCAACAGCCACUACAUCGGCACCAAGUCUGUUGCGGCUCUCACUGUGAUGACAGGAUCCCCUUCAGGGGCUAAACUGCAAUCGUCUGCAUUUGUGCCCACAAUGGAUGCCCACUCAUUCCAGCCUCAGAUGAAAACCCUGGCAUCUCCCUCCAUUGAUGCCAAGCAGCAGCUUCAGAGAAAGAUUCAGAAGAAGCAGCAGGAGCAGAAGCUCCACUCUCCACUCCCUGCUGAGGCUCAGGCCAGGAGAGCCGACAGGGGCGGUACACCUGGUGCGAGCGCAGGAGUCCCAUGUGGAAGCCCUGCUCUGCUUUCACCGCAGCCCACCAUUGGCAUUGUGGUAGCUGCAGUUCCGAGCCCCAUUACGGUCCAAAGGAGCAGGCAGUUGAUGUCCCCUAGCCCGGUUCCCAUAGCAACAGCAGAAAGCAAAGUCCUCCCUGUCAAUUUCCAGGUGGUCACCCAAGCAAUGCAACCCAUGAAGCAAUGUCCCAAAACUCCACAGAAUGUCCCUGUAAGCCCUGUGGGUGAUCGUUCGGCCCGUCACCGCUAUGCCCAAAUCCUGCCCAAGCCAGUUACAACUAAUCCAAUCACACUACACUCACCGUCUGCACUUCUCAUCACCAACAGUCCUAUCAAACCUGUUAUUCCAACGGCCCAGGUUGGCUCCGUCAACGUUGUCAAGAUGACGGCCAUAUCUUUGGGGGCCAGCAAUGGCAGCAACACCACUGUAGCCACCUUAGCUACCAAUAGCAAGGCUAGGCCUGCUUCUGCUGGGGUCGUCAGUAUCAGUGACGACCCUCCGCCUGUUACUCGGGUUCGUAGUGGCUCCAUUGCUGCAGUGCCAUCGGCAAUGGUAAGGUCAGGGCGAACAACCAGCACAACCCCAGUCAGUGACAUCAAGUUGGUGUCUGUUGGUGUAAGUGGACAAGUCCAGGGUGAGACUAUUUCUCAAGAGGCUGGUGGGAAUAUACAGAAGCUGGAUGUGACCCCCAAACCCAGGGCAGCCAGUGUACCAACACCUCUUGCUAAGGUUUCUGCAGGACUGGAAAUGCAGCAAGGGACCAAAUGUAAUGGGAAGAUGCUCCCUCGUCAAUGCAAGCCAGCUUCUGGCAGCAAUAAUAAUGCUAAAGAAAGCACUCUGUUUCAGGGUGUACCCAACCUGACCACCAGCAGUGCACUGACAACCAGCAGUCGUCCGUUUGUGACAUCACCCAGGGAUGUAGAGCUGGCGUCUAGAAGCCCUCGCAAAAGACAGGGCUUAUGCUCAGAUUCGAGUUUGACACCUGUCAAAAAAGUCUUCGUCACUCAGCUGUCAUCCGGAGCAACUGAAAGUUUCAAAUCAGUCAUUGGAGCUUCAGUAAAGAAUGCAGCUAGGUCAAAUGCUCCCAUGCAACCAGAAAGUGCACCUGCCUCUGCUGCUGGAAAAGCUACUGUGAAGUUCAACUCUUGUGCUCCUACCCAUAUCCUUGCACUCUCUGACUCUCCGGUUGUGAGUUCUUGCUUCCAGACUGUCAGCAGGCAACAAGGCUCGUCCCAGGCCCAGUAUGAAGGAUCCACAUCUGAUAUGACAACUGCUGCUACUGGAAACUCUGCACUGACUGCAACUCACCAGGAUUCUCUGAUCGGGAAUGGCAGCUUCCAGACCUUUGUCCGAAAAAAGUGGGAAGGGUCUUCACCCAGUAUGGACAGCAAACCAAUUGUUACUCAGGCUGUAAGUGCUUCACGUCAGACCGUGCAACAGCUGCAUUCAAACAAACAUUCACAAGCUAUGCAGGUGAGCUCAGAUCAGUCUGACCCAUCUGUGUCGUGUGAAUUGAAAGGUGUGUUUUGGAAUAAUGGGCAACAAGACAGCACCCAGCAACAAGCUUAUUCCCAGCAAGGGUCAAUAGAAAAUGACCACUCUGGGCAAUCAACCUCUCCAGUUAUGAAGCCUCUUUCAGCAAUGAGUCAACCCUCUGGCCCAGGCCAGCUAGUACAGAUGACUGCUGAUAUGGUGGAUUAUGUAUCAUCCCAACCUCAUGUGGGGUUCUUCCCCUUUAACGAUGAUGAUAUGACGCAGGACAGUAUCGUGGAGGAACUAGUUCAGAUGGAGGAGCAGAUGAAGAUGAACAGUAGCAUGCCAGAUUUUGGUGACUGUGUGGACAUGGCACUGCAAGGUGAACAGACUGCCUUGCAGAACAACAUGAUGGUCAGUCAACUGCCCAGCACUUCUUACUACAGCUCAGUCCACAGCAGCAGCACACCCAUCCACACACCCACCCCAACACCAACCCCUACCACAGAGAUGACAGGAGGGGGGCAGGUUCUGACCUGUGACAGUCCCUGUUUGCGCCUGGUCCCUACCACCCCUGUGGAUGGUGCCCUGGGAAGCAGCUGCCAAACCCCAAUCGGUACCCCCCACUCCAGUUGCAGCAGUAGUGUUCCCCCAAGCCCUGUUGAGUGUAGGAACCCUUUUGCUUUCACCCCUAUCAACUCGAGCAUCACAAGUUACCACGAUGGCAGCAUUGUCUCUUCUAGCCCAGUCAAACCCAUGCAGAGACCAAUGGCCACCCAUCCAGAUAAAGCUAAGUUGGAGUGGAUGAAUAAUAAUUACAACAACAUUAACAGCAACUCUAGUAAUGGAAUUAGCAUUCUUCCCAGCUAUCUGGACCUGGUGGAUGAUCAGUUCAGGAAACCUCAUGCCUUCGCCAUCCCUGGCCAGACAUAUCAAUCACAGAUCAGACACCAUGACCCUCACGUUAGCCGCUUGACGCCUAUCUCUCCGGUCCAGCAGCAGGUAGCCAGCAUGUCUAGUAAGCAAGAAGGAUUUGCAGUACCAGCCCCUCUCGAUAACAAAACAAGUACCUCGACUGCCUCCGGAUGUGGAACGUUCCGUUGCCGCAGUGUCAGUCCAGCGGUUAGGCAGCGUAAUCUGAGUGGGAACCCGAAUCCCAAAAUCCCUCGUUCUGCGGUUUCUCCUUUCAGUUCUGCAGUGACACCUGAAGUGCUCAACAUUUUCGCUAGCAGUCAAGCAAAUGCUAGCACUAGCAGUAUAGCGCAGAGGAGCCAGUCUGUGCCACUUAACGUGAUGAUGCAGACUGAAGUACUGCCCAUGCAAGUUGCCGGGCAGUCAAGCAAUGCCAAAAAAAUCGCUAAUGUUCUCCUCAGCAAGAUGGAUGGCGACGGAGACAGCUCUGUACGAGGUCUUGGGAUAAACAACGUGCCAUCAGGCUACACUGCCCGUAUGAAUCUUACACAGAUCCUGGAAACAACUGCCAGACCCAGCUUCCCCAGCAAUGCCAACCACCAGGCUCUGAUUUCACCCGGCUCCGUGGCCUACAAGUUUCAAAAGCCUGCUUACCUCAUAAAGAAUGCCAGAGGGGAACAAAUUAGCUUCUCGGCCAGGGAGGGUCAAGCACAACAGACCUCCGGAGAGAGGCAGCAGCAGGUCUCAGAGGAAGAACGACAGCAGAACCGGGCCUUGUUGGUUCCUCCACAGCAAAACCUCCAGGAACACCAGCAUCAGCAACCUCUGCACUUCAGCAGCACUGUUAAAGACCUCUUAGAGGAAAAUGGCCUGAACAACAGCUCACAGCUUUCGGGCCAGACUUCAGAGCUGAACACUGGGACUUCUGAGUUCUCUGGUGACAUGCGUCUAACCUCUGAGCUCUCCAGUAGCAUGAAUGACUUAAACACUUUGGACACAAACCUUCUGUUCGACCCUAGUCGGCAGCUAGGACAGUAUGAAGAAUCGACCUUAGAGGAAUUGAAGAAUGACCCACUUUUUCAACAGAUUUGCAGCGAGACUGUGAAUUCUGCAGGCUUUGACUGGUUGGAGAGUAAGGACCAGGCAACAGUAGAAAUGUUGGGUUAAUUUUUUUUUUUUUAUUGUUUUGAUAUUUGAAUAUUUGACUGGGUGCUUUGUUUAUGGUUUUUAAGAAUCCUGUCUUUGAAAAUGCUCACCUAGUCUUGUGUUAUACCCACAUGUAGUUCCUGGAUUCAGGUCCAGAAAGACGUUCCAGGCUGUACAUAAAUGAUCACUUUUUUCAAGAAUGCUGGUUCUUUUUCUAAUUGUAAUGUGCACCUUUGCCCAAAUUAUGGUGCUCUUUUGUUAAUUUUCUCCACACAUCCAUUUUUCAAAGAAAACGGAAAGGUUUGAAAGAUAAAGUGAAACUCUAGAGUUCUGCUGUCUCAAAAAUGGUUUGUACAUAUGCCAAGAUUGAUGGCUAAGACUGAUGGGAAAUUUCUGUAUUUUCCUGAUUUUUAAUUUCAUCAAAACAGGGUCAUGUUUGCAUAUCUUACAGAGGAAUGAUGCUAUCAGACUUUUAAUAGAAUUUAAAUGAAUUUUCGUACCCCAUUUCUUAUAUGAACUCAUUAUCAACUUUCUUUGGAGGCUUUGAGCUCCGUUAAGGUAGUGUGCUUCAUUCAGUUACUGUUAGCUUUUUGUCUGAUACUGAAUGGGUGCUUCCCAGUGUAGAAAACAGUAACAGGAUAGUGAUGAAUGAAUAAAUGUUAAUGGAUUAGAGUGUAUUUUGUAGGUGUGAGAGUACCUAAAAUGUGUAUGGAAUUACCUAAAAAGAUAAGAGGUAACAAAUGGAAAAAUUGCAUUUGCUGUCUUAAAUGUUAGAAUAUAUUCAUUUAAUAGCCUUCAUAUGAAAAAAGUAUGGGAUCUUGUGCUUAAAAGGCAGCUGUUCAAAUAUGAAAGAGGGCUAAAUUAAUCAACUCGUAGAGCUCAUAAAAGGAUUCACGGUGAAUUGUGUAUAUUCUGAAAUUUGGCUUGAUUCUUAUUGUAAAGUGAAUGUGAUUAGAGUUUUGUGUGGCAUUAUGCUCCUUUGAGUUGCAUCUCAGGAUUUCCCAGUCUCUGUGUUUGAAGGGUUUAAUUAACUCAAUGCCCUGUGAAAAAAAUUUAGGUAAAUCACUACCCUAGGAACAUUUUCAAGUUAACCGGCUCUGAUAUUUGCACUAGCUGGCACAUUUUGUAUAUUGGAAUGUUUGUAUAUAGUUAGGAAAACCUGAUGGGUGAUCUAGGUUGUCUUGUUUGUCAAUGCACAUAGGACAUCAUUGUUUAUGGGAAUGCUCCUAAAGCUCCAGUCAAGAACUGCUCAAAUGACACCACAGUUUCCCCAAGACUAGGGGUUACUGGUCUAACUGGGACUGUGGUAAAUGUAGCCGUCACUGAUGUUCCCGCGUGCAUUGUGGUUUCUACAAAACCUUCACCCAUUGUAAAACGCCAACAGCAGUAGUUUACGAAUGGGGUUUUAACAGUUGUGUUUGCCAUUAGUGAACUGAUGGAACCUCUGGACUGUCCCCUUUAGAAACACAAAUGCCAAAGUGGAUGUGAAAAGAAAGAAGGGAUUUUCUUUGUGAAAUUUUAGGUUUUUGUAUCUAUGCAUUCUGAAAGUUAUGAGAUGAUAGCUGACCUAUCAAUUUUUUCAAGUCAGUUGGUAGUUUUUUUGUAAUUUGAUGCUUAAAGCUUGCAUUUUUUGCAUACCCCUCUACCAUCUAAUAUAUAUAUAAUAUAUAUAUAUAUAUAUUUUUGAAACAUUUAAGAAACAUUUUUAACUUUUAUAUAAAUGCAGUUGAUAUGACAUAGCUUUGGAAUAUAGGAUAUUAGUGGAGUAUGGUUGCAUGGUUUAAUCCUUAACUCAUGUCUUUAUCCAAGAGCAAGUUGAGUUUUCAAAGUUUGUGGCAUUUUUUAUGACUGUUGAGUGAUUUUUAAGCCUUUUAGUUUAUUCAGGUACUGCCCUUGCACUGUUACAUAUAAAAGCCAGUAGCAUUAUGUCAUCUGUCAAACUGAGAAUUUUGGAAUUUGAGCAGGUCAUAAAAAAACACAAAAUUAUUGUGCUUAAACAAUAAUAUAAUUGUCUCUUUAAAUAUGAAGAGCUUUUUCUUGUAAGCAAGAUAUAUAGUAUAGGUUGAGUAAUUUACAGGUGAUAUGUUGCUGAAUUUUUGUGUGCCUGAUUGAGUCCCAGCACUGAAACACAACAUUCAUUUUGUGGUGAUGUCUUCAUGGUCCAUGUCAGCCUUACUGUAUCUCCAUACCAAAGACAAGCUGUAGAACUCCACAUUUAAAAAAAUACAUUUAUACCCUUUUUAUGUAUAAAUCUAAAUUUUAAAAAGCAAACGGAUUGAAAUAUCAGGUUGAAAGGUGUUGUUUUUGUGGAGUGUGUUUGCUCGAUGGGAUUUUGGAAUAUCAAGCACACUUUUUAAUCUAAGCAACCAGUACUGUAACCUUCACCCAAGAUUCACACUACUGUUACCAUUUCCAUAACAUAUGUAGCAGUGCAGUUUUUAGGAGACUGUUAUGAUAAAUGUACUCAUUUUGUAACUCUGUGUGUGUGUGGAUGUACACAAACUUAAUUUGCUUCAUUUCAAGAAAGCAAAGCACUGUUUGUUUAUAAUCAUCAACAUCAUCAGAAUGUUAGUCAUACCUAUAAUAUAAACACUGAUAGCUUGAUCAUCUAUGCUCCCUAAGUUAUCAGCCUGUCUGAAAAACUGAUCUUGUUCUGAUGAUCUUUGUUUUAUCUGGCUAGUAUUCUGUGCUUUGGCAUGGAUCAUUAAAGACAUGUGGUCAUGAUUACAUGACAAAUAUCUAUCUUUCUGUGGUGGAUGGUGAUUUAACACUGGAAAUUCAACAGAUUCAAUUUGUGUAAGCCUUACAGGUUCUUUGUUACUAUUGCACUACUGUUUUUAAUGAACCAAGGCUUUAGUAUCUCUAAUAAAACUUUAGGUCUCAAAAAUAUUUUCUAAGAACAUUUUUACAAACCUAAGCUUAAAAGCAUUAAUUAAAAUGUGAUGAUCUCAAAAGAUUUAGAAACCUCAUGAAACUGUACUGUGUCCAUCCUAUGUGUGCGUGUGAGUAUACAUAACCAUAUAACAUGACAUAGGAAUAAUUUUGACUCUGCUAGAUACAGUGAUGAUCCACUUCUUUUGCAUUGUUUGAUAACCCAAGUCACCUUUUCUGUAUGUUCAGGUUUUCAAAUGUGGUGUUCAAUUUUCAAUGUGUUACAUUUCUUGCUUUUUAAAAAGUAUAUGCGAAUAAAGGUUUCUUACUGUAGUUUUUGUUGUUCUUUUUUUGUAAUAAGCAUUGAGGCCAGCGACAUAGGCCAGAAUUGGAUAUUACUCUGACUGAACUGAUUUAUGACCCAAUAACAUUUUACCCUGCUUAUAUGCUGUGCAGUAGAUAGGUAAAGUUGUAAUGGUGUUUUAAAAUGGUUUUCUCUUUUGUAUUUAAACAGUGGCUGACUUGCUGAUUUUUUUUAAAUUGACUUUAAAAACCAAUAAACAUUUUGUACAGUA